AUGCGUCUCCAGAUCCUCACACUGGCCUCGGCCGUGCUAGCCGUAGCCUCACCUGUGGCCCAAGUCAAAGCUGAUCCUGUCUCAGCACUGCCAAGCCCCCCAGACACCUACUCGGCCGGCAACAUCGAGCAGCGAGUCGACUCAGUGAUAAAAGUUGCCGGCCAGGCACUCGCCAAAGCGCAGCAGCUCAGGAGCGGGACAAACAUCCAAUUGAUUGGACAGUCGAUUGUCGAGACCUUCGGUAAGCUUUCCGAGAAAACUGCCGCCGGGUCGGUCGUCUUCAACAUCAUCCCGGCAUAUGCCUACUCCACCGAAGAGCAGCAGAAGAUAUGCGCCUCCUACGAGCAGCUCCUCACACUAGAGUACGAAAUCGUCAAGGCCUUUUUCGACCAUGCGAGACUUACUACGGGCACAAACUUCCAAGGACAUCUGCAUGCUCAGUUGAGGGUCUUCCAGGGAAGCAUCGACAAGUACAACAAGGGCCUCGUCAAGCAGCUCCCCGUCUGCGCGGCCGACGUGCAGGCCGAGUACAUCAAGCUGGCGGCGACCACCCAGUUGGCCAUUUCCCUUAUCUAA